CAAAAUGGACGUGAGCCCAUUGAACGGAAAAGGUGUUGCUUUGUGAUUAUAUGCCUAAAUUAGUUAAUAAAUUCACGAAAUCUGUGAAAAUAGUUAAUCAAUUGUGCCACGCAUCGUUUGAAGGAGUAGUUUUAGUGCCGACACCCUGGAAAUCUGAUCAUUUUGACACAAUUUCACCCUUCUGUAGACAAUUACAGAAAAAUUACUGACCUCCCCUCGAGUGCUGCUCUCGCUGAGAGAAAACACGUUUGAGAUCUACCAACACUCGCGAAAUCAUCAAGUUGGACAAAUAAGUAACAAUAAGAAAACCCCGACAACUACACAGAGUUCCAAUGCUGAAAAGCUCACCCAUUGAGUUGGUGAAUAUUUGGAGUGUGAGCACGAGUGCGAACGAGGUUUUCAGUCGAGCGCUGUAAAGAGGAGGUUUAGGUGUUUGACCAAAGCUACAGCCAACCACCGGCAAUUCAUCUAGUCGGAGCUUCAAGUGUUCAGCUUUUUAGUGUUUUGAUUCAUAUAAACAGGAGAGGAGCAAAAUAUUUCGUGUUUGUGCUUCUGGUAAUGUCUUCAACAUCAAAUGCACUGCAUCAUAGCAUGAGUGGGUGGAAUAGAAUGCAAUCGAGUAAAUGCUAAUUGAAUUGUGGAUAUUAUUUGUGGAUCAUCUGUAGCAAGAGAGUGAAAAAUGCGCCGAAGUACGCGGAAUGCAUUCAGUUUUCCGGAUUUUUCGCUCCGGAGGCUGUUGCUGCAGGGCGCCCGAGCGGCUCGUGGCAGUCCGCCGUUGGGCCAGAGACUGUGCGAUGUGGAGAAGGGAUCGUCGAAGCACGAGAAGAGCCAUGCAAGUGGCAGCGGAAGUGGAAAUAGCAAGCAGAGUCAUGGUGAUGUGCCGUCAUCGAAUGCGAGUGCAAGUGUGACUCCGCCACCGCCAAAAUACACUGUAUCUAGUAUAACACCUGCCGAACAACGAGAAUUUGAAGCGAGUGCAGCAUUGAGAAAGGGGGCCACGUCUGAGGAAUGUCUUCUCUGCUACAAUCACACAUCGCGUGAUGAUUUCUAUUCACUGCUGACAUGCAGUCACACCACGUGCCGUGGCUGCCUCGAGAGUUAUCUGAUAAUUGAGAUUACAGAAUCCCGGACUGAUAUCGCCUGCCCUCUGUGCUUGGAGGCUAUGCAUCCGAGUGACAUCCAGAAACUGCUGCAGAAUCACCCGUCCAUCAUGAGCAAAUACGAAGACUUUAUGGUGAGACGCGUACUCCUGGCAGAUCCCGACUCUCGCUGGUGUCCAGCGCCGGACUGUGGUUUUGCAGUCAUCGCCACAGGGUGUGCUUCGUGUCCGCGCAUCAAGUGUGAACGUCCUGGCUGUGAUGUUAACUUCUGCUAUCACUGCAAAGCCGAGUGGCACCCGGAUCAGACGUGCGAUGCUGCAAGGGCAUCCCGGCACAGUCCCACGAGAGCGCCAUCGGGGAGCAUUAGUCAAGACUCUCAGCAUCGCGACGACAUCAAGCCGUGUCCGCGGUGCCAGGUGUUGAUUGUGAAGAUGGAUGAUGGUUCAUGCAAUCACAUGGUUUGUGCCGUGUGUGGUUCUGAAUUUUGCUGGUUGUGCAUGAAAUUAAUUACUGAUCUACACUAUUUAAGUCCAUCCGGUUGCACAUUCUGGGGUAAGAAACCAUGGUCACGCAAAAAGAAACUCCUAUGGCAAUUGGGAACUCUAGUCGGGGCACCGGUUGGUAUUGCACUUGUGGCCGGUAUUGCGGUGCCAGCGAUGAUAAUAGGAAUUCCAGUCUGGGUUGGACGCAAAAUUCAUGCACGCUACAAAGUGGCAGGGAAGCACAAGAGGAACUGUGCAGUUCUGGGAGCUGUUGCUGCAUCCGUCCUCGUGGCACCGGUUCUGGCCGGCUUGGCUGUGGCAAUUGGCGUCCCAAUUCUCCUCUUCUACGUGUACGGAGUGGUGCCGGUGUCCCUGUGUCGGGCCGGAUGCGGUGUGUCCACCACCAAGGAUGGCUUCAAGUUUGACUUCGAGGAAGAGUACAGCGCCACGCGGAAUCCGGAUGCCGCAAGUGUGGAUGCUGUGUCAAGAAUUGGGGCCACGAGUAUUGGUGAAGUGAGUCUGAGUGUGGCCAGUGGGAGUCACUUGGGCGUUUCUGGUCAGAAUCCAAGUAUUGGCGUUGUGAGUUCAUCAACGAGAGAAUCCACAACCGCCCUCGCAGGCAGUAUUACCGGACAUCGAUUGGAAGUGCAGGCAGACGUGAGUACAUCGGAGACGGCUUCAGCGGUGACGUGCGUGAGCGAGAAGUCCGGAAACACACUCAACGACACUGCGUCCACUCGAGCUCUUGCCGGAUCAAUUCUCAGCUCACGGCAGCACAUUGACUCGGCGAACGUGAGUGAGGAUGGCAUUUCUGAGCGGGUGCGAUUCGACAGCACUGUUUGCUACGUGAUCGACGGCAAGAAGGAGUCCGACGCCUGGUACACCGUACCUCUCGAUCAGGACUUGGGAGCUGACAAGUUAAGUGUGGACAGUGGACGAUCCAUGCGGAGUUCUGAGCGAUCAUUCCGGGAUGAGUUGGAUUCAUCCAGCCUGUCGUCGGGACACAAGAGGAUGACGUUCUCGCAGAGGAAGUUGACUAAUUCACAGCACAGAAAUCUGUCUGUGGACAGCAACACGGGCAGCAACAACUACAUCCCGGAGAAUGUGAGUCUGGAGGUGGAGGAGGAGCAGGAGGAACAGGAGACUGCAGGAGUUGGUGGUGAUGAGCCGACGAUUUCGGUGACAUUUGAGCACGAUGCUGAGGAGUGUGGAUCGUCGUCUUCCAAGGGAAAGAGUCACGAUGCCGCGAAGGCGGACAAAUCAAAGCGAUCAGCAACGAAAACGGCAAUUUUGCGCAAUUUAUUCUUUUUCCAAAAUGAGAACGGUGGCCCAAAGUCAUAGGAAGAUUGUCGUUCCUGCCUAAAAUUUCAUUUAUUAUUUAUCAUUUAAAUCUCAUUUAUGUUAUCAUAUGAUAAAUUUUUAUAUAUUCACUCACGCGACAGUUGUUUCUGAAUGGACGAAUGAAAACAAACAAACUGAAAUAUGUACAUGAUUUUGGAAGCAAUACGCGCGCCUUUGAGUGAAUAUUUCAUUUCUUUUUAUCGCUAGAAUUUUAGGAUUUUCAUAUUUAUUUUGUAAUUCAUAUUGCGUUUUAUGAGUUUUGCUCCACCAUUUUCGGUUGGGUUGUCUGAAAGGAUACAAAAAAUGAAGUUAUUUUUUUUUUAAGGAUUUUGAAAUACGAAAUUCAAAGUCACCAUUUUAUGUGAAUUUUUUAGGGUUUGUUAGCAAGACGUAAAACUAAAACUUGGCAGAGCGAAUGUGAAUGAAAUUGCUGAGGACUUAUUUGCUUGCCUUUCCAUCAUAUCAAUGUUUUCCAUGAUGUUAUGAAGUAUGAUUUUAUGAUGUCAUCCUUCCCAGACAACCUUUCUCCAUUCUUCCGAUCUAAAUAAAUGAUUAUAUGAAGUUCAUGAUGAAUGAAUUUACAAUGUUUCCCCAGAAGCAGAACUAAACCACAUAAAGCGAAAUAAUAUAGAACUCUUGCUAUGCUAGCCAAUAAUUUCAUGUAAAAGUUAUUCCAAAAAAAGGACAGAUAAAAAAAGUACGAUAAAUAACCAUUUUUCACACUAUGCCGUGCGUGAAUGUGUGUUUAUAGAUAAAGGAAAGAACGCCAAUGUGUAAAAAAAUAUGAAAAACAGAACAUAAUAAUCGAUAUAAUAGAGCUAAAUAGUUGCCGAGAAUUUAAUUAUAAUUUAUUUGCUCAACUGUUUCGCAUUUUCCCUCCCUUCCGGAGAUUAUUUAAUAUGAUUUUUUUCUUCUUCUUUGAGCAUUAAAACUGAGACAACGUGAAAUAAUGAUCCUGUUGUAAUGUUUUCUUUUAUAAAAGGUUAUUAAAGUGAGAAUUAUCUGCUGCAUUAUGCCUCAAUUUCUCUGUACGACGUGAAAAAUUAUGUGAAAGAGCCUCUAAAAAUAUUUAUUGUGUUGUGCGCGCGCGGAGAGAUUUUUGUAAUACUAGAAGAAGAAGAAAAAAUAAAAUUGUGAACUAUCGAUGUGACAUGAUUAAGAAUUAAGAGAAAAAAAACACAAUAUUGAACCUAAUUAACGUUUAAUUUUUAAUUUAUUGAAUGAUAUGAAGUAGAUGUUAAUAGAAAUUGCCAAAUUACUAUUAAUUUAUACGUUUUUCUUCUUUUUUACAACAAUAAAUAUCAAAAUUGGA